AUGUAUCUCCACCAAUAUGAUUACAUCUUUGCCAUCGGCACGUUGUUCGCGAUGCUAGAUGCAUUCAACAACGGUGCAAACGAUGUUGCCAAUUCAUGGGCCACCAGUGUCUCUUCUCGAUCUAUCUCCUACCGACAGGCCAUGGUCCUCGGCACCAUUUUCGAAUUCGUCGGAGCUGUCGCUGUCGGUGCUCGCACCGCUGAUACUAUCAAGAACGGCAUCAUUCCCAACUCAGCCUUCAAAGGCAAUGCCGGCGUUCAAAUGCUUGCUUUCACAUGUGCCCUUGCCGCUGCAUCCUCAUGGGUAAUGUGGUGUACCAAAAACUCCGCCCACGUUUCCUCCACCUACUCUCUUAUCUCUGCUGUCGCCGGUGUCGGUGUUGCAACGGUUGGUGCCUCGCAGGUUCAGUGGGGUUGGAACGAUGGCAAAGGUCUCGGUGCCAUUUUCGCUGGUCUUGGCAUGGCUCCUGUCAUCUCCGGUUGCUUCGCUGCCAUCAUCUUCCUGUUGAUUAAGUACACCGUACAUGUACGCAGAAACCCUAUCGCCUGGGCCGUCUGGAGUGCUCCGUUCUUCUUCCUGGUUGCUGCUACCAUUUGCACCCUCUCCAUUGUGUACAAGGGCUCUCCCAAGCUGGGUUUGAACAAGAAGCCCGGCUGGUACGUUGCUGCUGUCACUAUGGGCACUGGUGGUGGUGUCUGCCUCUUGUCCGCCAUCUUCUUCGUUCCUUUCCUCCACGCCCGCAUCAUCAAGAAGGACCCCAGUGUGAAAUGGUGGACGGUCAUCCAGGGCCCUCUGCUCUUCAACCGUCCCGUUCCUACCGAUUCCGAGGUCGCUCAGAUCCCCAACUAUGCUGUGGUACAAGAGGAAGACGAGUACCACGAGUCUCACCUGCCUGUCGAUGAGAAGGAGGCCAAGACCGGUGUUGCCUCCAUCCCGGGCUCUACGGAGGAGCGAUCCGUUGAUAGGGUCGAGGCCAACCAGCUCACCUACCGUGAAAUUAUGGCGCAGUCCGAGGAACGUCACAACGCCAAGCUCCUCCAAAGCCGUGGUCCCAUUGGUUGGGCUAUGCGUCUUCUCCGCGACAACCCCAUGGGCGCCGGAGAGAUCUAUGAGUUCCGCAACAUGAAGCGCAUGGCCAAGCGCCUGCCCGCUAUCAUCACGGUCGGCCUUCUCUAUGGUUUCCACUACGACAUUCACACUGCCCAGAGUGGUAAUGAGGGUACUCCGGAGGGUGAGCGCAUGAAGCGUGUCUACGCCAAUGCCAUAAAAUACCCUAACGAGGUUGAGCACACCUACUCCUUCAUCCAGAUCAUCACUGCCUGCACUGCUUCGUUCGCUCACGGUGCUAACGAUAUUGGCAACUCCGUUGGCCCCUGGGCUGCCAUUUACUCGGCCUGGUCCACCGGAACCCCCGCUGCAUCCAAGUCCCCCGUGCCUAUCUGGCAGCUCGCCGUCCUAGCCAUCUGCAUUUCCAUCGGCCUGUGCACUUACGGCUACAACAUCAUGAAAGUCAUGGGCAACAAGAUCACUUACCACUCCCCGUCCCGUGGCUCCUCCAUGGAGAUGGGUGCUGCCAUCACGGUUCUAGUCUUCUCGCAGUUCUCCCUGCCCGUUUCCACCUCCAUGUGCAUUACUGGCGCUACAGUCGGUGUGGGACUUUGCAAUGGAACUUACAAGGCCGUCAACUUCCAGCGUGUCGGUCUUUUGUUGGUUGCUUGGAUCAUGACCAUUCCCAUCGCUGGAACGAUCGGUGGAUGCUUGAUGGGAUUGGUCCUUAACGCUCCCCAUUUCCUCACUGUUUAG